AUGUUGACUACGCAAGCCAGCGAGUCAUGCAAUGCACAAGUGCGACUUUUCUUGAAACCGAAGCAUGAUUUGGACUUGUUUUUCAUUCACUUUAGCAUUUUGUUGGCUGAAAAAAGACGCAAGGAGACUGAGUCAGACUACAAUGGUAAACAAUCGGUUCCUUAUAUUAUGUUGGAGGAUAGCCCGAUCCUACAACAUGCGGCAAAGGUCUUUACUCCUAACAUCUUCAAUCGGAUACAAAAGCAGUAUUUGAAAACUGAACCCUAUAUAAUGGAGACUCUCUCAGAUACUAGGGAUGAUGGCAUGAUUGGCUACCUCACAUAUAUGAUAGAGGAUGGUGAGCGUAGUGAUGAGCGUGUCGUUCUCGUUGAUAUUUCUACGAGGACAUUGGUAUGCUAA